AUGGUCAAGCACACGAUCAGCAAACAGAUUGAGAUUGAAAGAGAAAUGAAGGGAAAACUCGACUCUAUACUUUUCAUUGCUUUCUUCUUCUCUGCUGCUGCUGGCUUCUAUGUAACUACCGGUGGUGGUGAUUGUGUAUACGCUCUCUACGUAAAGACUGGAUCAACAAUGAAGGCAGGAACGGACUCAAAAAUCAGCCUGACGCUAGGAGACUCACAAGGCCGAUCAGUAUGGGUUCCAGACCUUCAGUCAUGGGGUCUAAUGGAGCCUAAACACGACUACUAUGAGCGUGGUAACCUUGACAUCUUUAGUGGCCGUGGUCCAUGCAUUGGGGCACCCAUAUGCCGCCUAAACUUGACCUCUGAUGGCCAAGGGUCUCACCAUGGCUGGUACUGUGACUACGUGGAAGUCACCUCCACAGGACCACAUAAUGAGUGUAGCCAGACUAUCUUUUAUGUUGAUCGAUGGUUGGCUGCUGAUGUUCCACCCUUUAAGUUAACUGCUUUGCUUGAUGGGUGCAGAAUGGGGGAUGAUGCUUUUAAGAAAGGGAAAAAUGGGAAGUUUGUUGUCGAGAAUGUUAGAGGAUCUGCCGCUGCUUGA